UACAUUUCUAUACCGUGACGUCAUAUGGUAGGACGAAAGCGAGAGAGCGAAUCUUGUAACGCUUUAUGGGAUUUGUUUUCCUCAAAAUUCCUCACAUUCAGUAGGAUUUACUCUGCGGGUCUCAGACAUGUGUCAGAUAUCUAGCAUCGCCGACGCGCAGCCUGUGAAUUGUACACAUUUCUGGACCAGCAUGUGAACUUCAACAAAUAAUCAAAUCAGAUCAGGGAGGACAUGGACGAACGAGAAGAUGUGGCGGAGCGCGAAUGCACGGGCUGUGGCGGAAGGAUUGAGGACGCGUUUCAUGUGAAGGUUCUUCAAGACGCCUGGCACAACUCAUGCUUUCAGUGUUCUGUAUGCUUGGAUCUUCUGACAAACUGGUACUUUGAGAAAGAAGGGAGGCUGUACUGUCACAAACACUACUGUGAGAAGUUCGGGGAGUUGUGCCAUGGCUGCUCACUGCUUAUGACUGGACCUGCUAUGGUGGCAGGAGAUUAUAAAUACCACCCCGAGUGCUUCGUAUGUUUGAGCUGCAGGGUGGCGAUCGAAGAACGGGACACCUAUGCCUUAGUGGAACGUACCAAACUUUACUGUGGUAAAUGCUACAAACAGGAGGUUCUUACACCCAUGUUGGAGAAACGCGGUUUGGCUGACUCUCCAACGGACCUUCUCCCUCACACUGUGACUCUGGUGUCCAUGCCGGCCGCCACCAAUGGCAAACGUGGAUUCUCUGUCAGAGUCAUUCGAGACUGCACCAGCGCCGCCACAGUCAGUGUGCAGGUCAAAGAGGUUAAAGGAAUGCAUAUUAGUCCGGAGGUUCGGAACGCCAUCCACGUCGGUGACCGGAUCCUGGAGAUCAACGGUCUCCCGGUGACGGCUCUGAUGGAAGAGGAGGUGGAGGACCUCAUCCAUCGGACCACUCAGACACUACAGCUGCUGAUUGAAUACGAUCCAGUCAGACAGCGUCUGGACCGACUCCGUCUGGGCUCCCCUCGCAACCAGCUAGGCGUCCCGGCAGCCUCCCGUAUGCGUCUGUCCUCCACAGGAAAUACUGAGAUUGAGAGAAGUGACUCUGUGGAAAAUGGGUCAUUGAAAAGGAGGUCCCUCAGACGUAGCAACAGCACCUGUAAGUCUCCAGUUUCUCCAUCUCCCAAAGAUCCCCCGAUUUCGACCCGCGAUAUCGGGCGCUCCGAAUCCCUCCGUUCUCCCUCCAGCUGCUCGCAUCGUAUUUUCCGUCCCUGUGACCUCAUUCACGGAGAAGUCCUCGGAAAGGGCUUCUUUGGACAGGCCAUCAAGGUGACCCAUAAAGCCACAGGUGAGGUGAUGGUCAUGAAGGAGCUGAUCCGCUGUGAUGAGGAGACACAAAAAACAUUCCUAAAGGAGGUUAAAGUGAUGAGAAGUCUCGAUCAUCCACACGUUUUAAAGUUCAUCGGGGUCCUAUACAAAGACAAGCGGCUCAAUCUGAUAACAGAGUUCAUCGAGGGCGGAACGCUGAAGGAUUUGAUCAGAGACACGGACCCUUUUCCAUGGGAACAGAGAGUUAGUUUUGCAAAGAGCAUUGCAUCUGGAAUGGCAUAUCUGCACACGAUGAGCAUCAUACACCGAGAUCUCAACUCUUACAACUGCCUGGUCAAACUGGACAAUACUGUCGUGGUGGCAGAUUUCGGCCUGUCCCGUCUAAUUGUGGAAGACAAAGUGAAGCAGCCACCCCCUGACAAACCAUCUAAUAAGAAGAGGCUGUUCAGACGCAUCGACCGAAAGAAACGCUACACGGUGGUGGGGAACCCUUACUGGAUGGCACCAGAGAUGCUCAACGGUAAACGCUAUGAUGAAAAGGUGGACAUUUUCUCCUUUGGCAUUGUGCUAUGUGAGAUAAUUGGCCAGGUUAACGCGGACCCUGAGUGUCUUCCAAGAACGCAGGAUUUUGGGCUCAAUGUGCGAAAAUUCAUGGAGAAGUUUCUUCCGGAUGACUGUCCUCCUGCUUUCUUCCCAUUGGCUGUGGCUUGCUGUGACCUCACCCCUGACAACCGGCCUCCUUUUCAGAAGUUGGAGGAUUGUUUUGAGGCGUUAACUCUGAAUCAGGAGAUGGGUAUUCAUCUACCUGCUGAACUGGAUGAACUUCAACAAAACUUCUUAAUGACUUAUGGACCGAGUGGUAUCGUUGCCUCUGAGAACCAAGAUGGCAACAGGACCUGAUCAAUGGGAACAAAUAAAGAGAUGUGCUGGAAUUUUUUAUGAGUUUACAAAACUGAUGCAUGCAGGGAACGUGGACGCCUGUCUUGAAAAUAUCUGUCACGGCAUUCAGAUUUCUGAGGGCAUUCUUGAACUGCAAAGUGGUCUUUGCUAGAUUCUGUUAAGGGAACAGGUACAUUUCAGUAACCUUGAGCUAUAUUUUAAAAGCCAGUUAUGCUUGUUGCUUCUGUCUUUUACUAAAUGGGUGCUUAACCCAUUUAGUGCAAUUCAGUGCCUACCACUGAUCGAGUUUCGCCAGGUUACUUUACAGCAAAUUUGAUUAAAUGUAUCAGCAAGGUGGGAUAUCUAAAAACUCACCUUGAAUAAAAGAAAUUGAUUUUUCAGAUUUGAGGUGUAGCAGCCAUUGAUGUUGAUGAAGUAUUUUGAUGUCGCAACUUUAUCAAAUUAAUCUAGUAGAUUCUUAUGACUUAAGUUAUUAAAAAAACCAUGAACUUCAGAAAUGCAAAUCAUGCAUUUUUGGACUGCGCUGCCCCCUGGGGGAAGUUGUGCUUAUGUGCACUCUUUUACAGUAUGGUCAUUUCUGUACCACUAGCACUUGAGGUCACAACCUCUGUAACUGUAUAAUCCAAAGACAGAGAAUGAAGAAACGGUUAUGAAAGGAAAUAACACUUUUCUGAGUUCUGAUCUGGUUUUCCACAGGUGGUUUUCUAGAAAUGCUUUCUAUAUUGUAGCUUGGUACAUCAGAUGUUUUUUUUUUUACUGGAGUUGGUCAUUCCGGGGUCUUGAACUCGCCUGACAAAUAUGCCACAGCAAGAAUAUAUUUUUUUUUCAGCUGUAUCUAAACCAAGUGAAACGAUAAGUGACAUCACAAUGCUGGAUUUUGACUGGCCGUUUAAACGUGUUUUCGGUUUCUAUUGAAACAGGCCAUGAUUAAAACAUCUGCAGUCGCAGAAUUGAACGAGUGAUGUGAGGAUGUUUGUAAAUGAUGUAAUCCUCACUUUGAUCACAGAUGUUUAAAUUAAAACUGGAUAUAUUUGUUGUGUUUGUAUAAAUCUGAAAUCAACAGAUCAUGGGAUAAUGUGUAUUUGUAGUUUGAUAAUGUUGGUUGUAGAAUGUGAAAAGUGUUUUUCUAGUCUUAGCUGUCAAAGGUACUAGUAUGUACAAAUUAUAACCACUACUUGUACAUGUACACCACAGAAUUCCUACAACAUUUGUUUUGUGAAUAAAGAGUUAAAUGAGCAGUG